AUGGACCCCUUCUCUAUUGCAGUUGAAACCGCGGGCCUGGCAGAUGUAUCUUUCCGCCUUCUCUUAUACUUGGCAGAUAUUAACAAAGCCUCUACCGAGAUCCAGGAUGCAAUUGCCAUUUUGAGUGAGGAAAUUAAAUCCUUCCUGGCCGUCAAUGAUUCGGUCGAGGACUUUCCCCAUCCCAGACGUGACUUGGGCAAUUUUGAAGCACCACUGGACCAUGAAUCUGAUGUUGACAAAGUCAAGCGCACUAUUGAGCAGCUCGAGACACUAUUGCGUGAAAUCGUCGGCAACAAAGGGAAACUCUGGCAAUCUGUGGCACAAAAGACGGAACAAUUACCAGCGGAUGAGCUGUCCAAGGCUGGAGAACAUCUCCCAGGAGAUGAUACAUGGCAAGAAGCGGUAAUCGGAGUUGCCAGCCUGAGUAAAGCCAAAAACAGAGAGCACUCUGCACAGGGGUGGCUCGAAGAGCUACUAGGCUCCAAGGGCUACCAGCAUCUCAGUCUCACAAAAGUCAACAUGCACAGUCUUCUAGCAGCCCGAACUGGUCAGGGCAAUUUCGACUGGUAUCACCAAAAAUUUAAACACAAGGGCAACCCACGCUGA